CACCUUGUAGAUCUGCCAAGGAUUGCGCGCACGCGCGUUACGGUGGGCUCGCGGGGCGCGGGUCAUGUGGUUGGCGGUGACUCUGACACUCUUGUGUUUUCAUUCUGCUUAUACUUUUCUCCUGUCAGAGUGUUGAGUAUUGAACCAGGGUUUCAGAAAGAAACUCACGGACGUACACAAGUUUAUUCGGUUAACGGGGGAUCGGCAGACGUGUUUACAAGAUUGAAAGGUCGGAACUCAGAGGGAAGCAGAGAGGAACGUGCGAGAGGAAUGGCAGACGACAGGGAUGCUGAUGAGGUGACCCCGCUGUUGAACUCUGGGACUGUGAACGCACCCGCACCAUCAGUGUUCCAGGGGAGACGGCUGGCGUGUGCAGCUAUCCUAUUGGCCGAGUCCCUGGAGAGGAUUGCAUUCUAUGGCAUCACAUCCAAUCUGGUUCUGUUCCUCAACACCAGCCCGUUUCGUUGGGAUGGCGCCGAGGCGAGCCAGGCACCCCUUUUGUUCAUGGGAAUCACCUAUCUGAUCUCACCGUUCGGUGGUUGGCUAGCAGAUGCAUACCUUGGGAAAUUCUGUACCAUUGCUCUUAGCUUGGUCUUCUACUUCCUUGGCAUGUUGUUUUUCCCAUUUAUUUCUGAUGAGGACACAAUGCAGAAUCUAUGCGGGGAUCAGGGGCAAUUUAUCGUACUAGCACCUGAAUGUCUAAACACCAGCUUCCCCCCACCAAACAACGUGACCUGCAAUGCUCGCACACCAUACUGCAGACCCGCAGUCUACUGUGGACUCAUACUGAUCGCGUUAGGGGUUGGUACGGUCAAGUCCAACAUCACCCCUUUUGGUGCGGAUCAGGUGAAGGACCGAGGCCCAGAGGCCACCCGGCGCUUCUUCAACUGGUUCUACUGGUGCAUCAACCUGGGGGCCAUCAUCUCCCUGGGAGGCGUGGCCUACAUCCAGCAGAACGUCAGCUUUAAGCUGGGCUACAUCAUCCCCACCGCCUGCCUCGGCGUCUCCUUCCUGGUGUUCCUGCUGGGCCGUACCGUCUUCAUCUCCAAGCCCGCGGACGGCAGCGCCUUCACAGAGAUGUUCCAGAUCCUGGGCUUCGCCUGUUGCUCCUCCAGGAUACCCAAGGAGCCCAGCCUGCUACGCCCUAAGCCCACUAUGCUGGAUGGAGCCAAAGCCAGCUAUGGGGGGAAGUUCCCAGAGGAGAAGGUAGAGGAGUUGAAGUCCCUGCUGAAGAUCCUGCCUGUUUUCUUUGCUCUCAUUCCAUACUGGACUGUGUACUUCCAGAUGCAGACUACAUACAUCCUGCAGAGCCUGCAUUUGAGGAUCCCCGGUUACGACUCCAACAGCACUUCUGGCUCCCCGCAGUUCUCCUUCCGCUUCCCCACGGCCUGGCUGACGAUGUUUGAUGCAGUGCUCAUCCUCCUGCUGAUCCCCCUUAAGGACAAAGUGGUGGACCCCAUCCUGAAGCGCCGGGGCCUGCUGCCCUCCCCCCUCAAGAGGAUCGCCGUGGGGAUGUUCUUUGUCAUGUGGUCGGCGGUCGCGGCGGGUUUACUGGAGACCAAGCGGCUGGAGAUUGUGAAGACGAACGGCACCAUUGACCAGGAGCUUGGCGGGGUGAUCUACUACGCUGCAGAUUUACCCAUCUGGUGGCAGGUGCCUCAAUAUGUGCUGAUUGGAAUCAGCGAAAUAUUUGCCAGCAUUGCAGGUCUGGAGUUUGCCUACUCAGCAGCCCCUAGGUCCAUGCAGAGUGCCAUCAUGGGUCUCUUCUUCUUCUUCUCUGGGAUCGGCUCCUUCGUGGGCUCUGGCCUGCUGGCCAUUGUCUCCCUCAACGCCAUUGGCUGGAUGUCAUCACACAACGACUUUGGUAACAUCAACCACUGCAAGCUGCACUACUACUUCUUCGUCCUGGCUGGUCCAGGCCUCACCCUCCUCGUCUUCCUCAUCGUCUCGGUCAAAUACGACAAGCAAAAGGGCCGGACAGGAAGUUACAGGCGGAGUCAGUCCACUUCCUGACCAGCGUCCACCCAUGCACCACUGUGCCUUGUCCACAAUAAGCCUGAGAAGGACCCCCCCCCCUCCCCCAUGAUCACCUCCUCCAGGUCUUCUUGCU